AUGAUGAGCGUAUCGGAUGCAGAUAAGCUGAAUGAUACCAAUGGUACGCAGCAACCGAAUGGCACCAAUGGAUUAGCACAAAUUCGCAGACGAUCCCGGGAGGGCGCUCAUGCCCAAUCAAGUGAAGCAUCCAGGAAUCUCACGGUACGAACACGUGAAACGCCGGUGGAAAAAGUCCUUCUCGACCAAUUUGUAAAUCGCGAAUUCCGCUACUCGGCAGCUGCCGCGAGGGAUCAUCCCGCCCAAGAAUUGCAACAGCAUAAACGGGCCGAAAGAGACUACUAUCUCUCAGUGCGUCGCGAAACACACGGGAAUCCUGCUGCUUUAUUCGGAGUGGGCUAUGAAGGGUUUGGCAAUCAGCGGACCGACAUCCGGAAUCAGCCCUCACAGGUCCUUUACCCGGCUCAAAGGCGUCGGCCAGGCAAUCGCAAAGCGCGGGAAUUACGUGUCUCAAGACGAGAUCUAAAGAUUCAAAGCGAACAGAUCGAGGAUCUGGUGCCGAUCAGGCUAGAUAUCGACUGGGAAAAGGUCAAAAUUCGAGACACAUUCACGUGGAAUCUUCACGAUCGUGUGGUGUCGCCCGAUCUUUUUGCAGAAAAACUGGUGGAAGAUCUAGGACUCUCCUUGGAGACCUCCGGUCCACUACUGCGCAUGAUCUCGCAAAGUAUCCAAGAGCAAAUCAUGGACUACUACCCACAGAUUUAUAUGCAAGACGCACCUCUGGAUCCUCAGCUGCCAUACACAGCUUAUCGCAAUGAUGAAAUGCGCAUCUUGAUCAAGCUCAAUAUCACGAUUGGUCAACACACCCUGAUCGAUCAAUUCGAAUGGGAUAUCAACGAUCCUCAGAAUUCACCAGAGGAAUUCGCAUUGCGGCUGACAGACGAUCUAUCGCUUUCUGGGGAAUUUACCACAGCCAUCGCCCAUUCCAUUCGCGAGCAGUCCCAAUUAUUCACCAAAUCCUUGUACAUCGUUAAUCAUCCCUUCGAUGGUCGCCCCAUUGAGGACCCUGAUCUCAAUACAUCCUUCCUUCCCACCCCAGUCUCCUCCGCAUUCCGCCCCUUCCAAGCAGCCAAGGAGCACACGCCAUACCUCUACGAGCUCAACGAGACCGAUCUUGAGCGUACCGAAAUCUCCAUCUCGCGCGAGCAGCGUCGCCAAAAACGAUCUAUCAAUAGACGAGGAGGCCCCGCGCUCCCAGACCUCAAAGACCGCCAGCGUACUAUUCGCUCGCUCAUUGUCUCCUCUGUCAUUCCCAAUUCUGCCCGGACCUUCGAAGAGAGCAAUGUCAUAAAACGUUCUGGUACCAGUCGACGCCGCGGGAUUGCAGGCACUCGUGGUGAAGAAGAGUCCGAUGACUUUGAGAGUGAUGAUUCCGAUGAAGAUUCCCCGGCUAUUGGACCCCAUCUCUCCCAGGGCACUGCCCGUACAAGAGGCAUGAGGGGCGCUGCUACAGCUGCACACGCGGCCUUACGUGCCAGCUUGGGACACUCUGCCACGCCGGAGCCGAUUUCGCAGGAGCCUUCCAGAGUGUCUCGACGCCAACAAUUACGAGAAGAGAGUCUCGAAGAACCAGAAAAGCUUGUCGUGAAGUUCAAGAUUUCGCGAGACAAGCUCACUGAUCUUCGCAAAGGCAAGCGCAUCUUUGAUGCUUCCACGCAAGCUGCGACUAUGGCUCCUCCCUCAGAGAAACAAAAACAACACCAUCCCCCGCGACCACAACAGACAGGAGCCGUUGACGCGCCGAAUCCGCCCCAGCAGGGUGUUCCUGGACCUCCUCCGCCUCCCUGGCUUCAGGCAGGGCUGGGCAAGCUGAAGCAAACACAUCCCAAUGAUUCAUUCGAAGGAGUGAUGCGUUAUUCAGCGGUAGAUACUGAGACACUGGCCCCCGUCUCAAAUCCGUCCAAUCUGCAGCCAGGCCAGAAGAUCAAGUAUCAGUACCUGCCCCGUAUUCGCUGUCACGACUGCCCUGGAAAGCUGUACACGCCAGGGCCAGGCAUGACAGUGGACAACUUCGAGGUUCACCUCCGCAAUCGUCAACACAAAGAGCGAGUCGAGGAGCGCAUCAAAAAGAUUGCCAGCAAGCCGCCGGGCUUAUCUGAUGUUGCAGACAGCGCCCACGCAAGCCCAACACCUGGCGGAAUUAGCUCCGCCGGCACCAGUCCUGCGCUGGCUACCACCGCAGUUCCAGGUGCUUCUCCAUCUUAG